CCGAUCUUGGCACUGCUGGCAAUGUCCAUGGCCAUUUUGGCCAUUGAUGUGGUUCCCAUGGACAUGGCCCCGAACUCCUUCGAUGACCGGUACUGGGGCUGCCGUCACAAAAUGACCCCGGAGUUGCCGAAACUCAAGGAUGCUGAGCUCCAGCGGAAUACUCUGUUCGCCGAGGCCUGGACUCAGGCCGAAGCUGAGUGGCAGAGUCGCAGGUCCACCCCGCCCCCUCUGUUGUCCUUGGACCAGACUAUCGCCCUAAUUGCCUAUACAGGGUCGCCGUCAUUGUACAAGGAGUUCAAUGCAGCCGUGCGCGAGGCCGGACGCUCUGGACAGCACUACCGGGACAACUUCCAUUUCAAGUCCCUGCAUUUCCUGCUGACCACUGCCCUGGACUCACUGAGGGGCGUUCAGUGUGAAAGUGUGUACGUGGUGGAGGGCAACAUCCAGUUCGAGACGAAGCGUGGCGAGAGAGUCCGGUUUGGUCAAUUCAUGUCCACAGUGCCCAAG